AACCGUUCGCUUGGCUUCUGGAGACAGCGGAAAAGUAGGAGCUGUGGUCCUCUUUCCUCUAUAUCUUCCUCAUUAUCUCAAAGAUAAAUGGAUUUUCGGUAUCAGUCUACAAGUCAUGACUUCAGAAGCAGAAGCAGUAAUACUGGUUAUGACAGGUCCUCAAGAGGUCCUGGAGAUGGCUGGACAUGUGGGUCAUGUCAGUUCUACAACUUUGCAUCUCGUACCACUUGCCUGAAGUGUGGCCCAAAUGAAGGAAAAAGACGGUGUGGAUGGAACAGUGGCAUUGAGACUGAGAAGUGGAGGUGCCAGCAAUGUCAGUUUGAGAAUUUUGCAUCUAGGACAACUUGUUACAAGUGUGGUCCCUCAGCAGGAAAAAGGUGGAAUAAUAUGAACACUGCAACAGAGGCAAGUGACUGGAUGUGCCCCAAGUGCAAUUUCAACAAUUAUGCAUCUCGAACAUCAUGCUUCAAGUGCGGUCCUUCAGGAGGAUCUUCACGGAAUUGGAAUCCACGUGGAGGCAUCUUGAAAUAUCCCACCGCUGAUGAUAGUGGAAGCUGGUGUGAGGAUGAAGAAAGCCCAUCUGUGAGCUGUGGUUGGCAAAGCAGACAACCAAGACCCUCGUAUCCACAGCGGAACUUAUAUGAAGAUCAGCAGACCAAUUACAACAUGCCGUCUCACUCAACCUCAGGGGAUAGCAACAUAUAUUCAAGUAAAAUGUCCUUUUUAGAUUCCCUUGAUGAAUCUAAGGAUAGUCAGAGCUGCCAGAAAGUACAGGAGGAAGGACUCAUUGAUUGGGAUUAUCUGAAGGACAAUGAGGAAAAAUUUGAAGCUGAGCGAUGGGCUCAUCUUCCAGAAAUAAAAAAAAGCUUUUAUGAUGAAGACCCAGCUAUAAAAGCAAUGACUAAUGAGGAAGUGCAAAAAUUCAGAGAAGAAAACUUUAAUAUUAGUGUAAGCCUUUCUAAUCCUGAGAAUGCAAUAGAUAUCCCCAAUCCAGUGCACACCUUUAAUCAAGCUUUCCACAAUUAUCCUGAAAUUUUGAAAGAAAUUGAGAAACAAGGAUUUGAGCAUCCUACACCCAUACAAUGCCAGUCAUGGCCCAUCCUCAUGAAAGGUCAUGAUAUGAUUGGCAUUGCACAGACAGGGACUGGAAAGACCUUGGCAUUUAUCCUGCCAGCAUUGAUACACAUAGUUCACCAACCUGUCCCACGGUGGGAGCGUCCAGGACCCACAUGCCUUGUUUUGGCUCCCACUAGAGAGUUGGCCCAGCAAAUCGAGAAAGAGGUUACUAAAUAUCAGUAUCAGAAUAUCAGAUGUGUGGUUGUAUAUGGCCAAGGAGACAAGAGGCAACAAAUCCGUCAAAUCAAUGCUAAGGCAGAGAUUGUUGUUGCCACCCCAGGGAGACUUAAUGAAUUUAGCGAGAAGGAAAUUAUUGACCUGAGUGGAGUCUCUUACUUAGUCUUAGAUGAGGCUGAUCGCAUGCUAGACAUGGGAUUUGAACCGCAGAUUAGGAAGAUCAUAUUAGACAUUCGACCAGAUCGCCAGAGUAUUUUAACAAGUGCAACUUGGCCUGAAGGUGUUCGCAGCUUGGCUGCUAAGCUCCUGAAAGAUCCUAUUCAUGUUAUCGUGGGAAGCCUAGACUUGCAGGCUGCAAGUACAGUAUCACAGCAAGUAAUAAUCUGUAAAGAGGAAGAAAAGAGAGAUAAGUUGCUGGACUUCAUUAACAGACUUGGCGAAGAAGAUAAAGCCAUAGUGUUUAUAGGCAGGAAGAGCAUGGUGGAUUUUCUGUCUGUGGAGAUGAUGGAAGAAGGAAAACAUGUACAAAGCAUGCAUGGAGAUAGAGAACAAGAAGAGAGAGAGAAAGCCCUAAGUGAUUUGAAGAGUGGCAGAGUAAGAGUCCUCCUUGCAACAGAUGUUGCAGCUCGUGGAAUUGAUGUUAUUGAUAUUACUUACAUCCUGAAUUUUGACUGCCCACGUGACAUGGAGGAGUAUGUGCAUCGCAUUGGACGAACAGGGAGGGCUGGCCGCCAAGGACAUGCUUGUACUUUCAUCACCUGGAAAGACUGGAAAAAUGCUGGCAAGCUCAUUGAAAUCUUGGAGAAGUCUGGUGAGGAGGUUAAUCGUGAACUGUACCGCAUGAAAGAACGUUGGGAGCAGGCCAAGGAGGAGCGUGGACUGCAGGAUCGUUGGGGACGCUACAGUCACACAGCUCAGAGAGAAGGGGGUCAUAGAUGGUAGAUGUAAAAUUUAAAUAUGAUUCCAUUUUGU